AUGCUCUGGACCCUUGUAUUCUUGUUCCUCAUUUCAAUUGAUCCACUAGAAACUCUCGAUUUGGGAGGGAGUCGAAAAGUGCAGAAACCGAAAGAGGAUCCAAGAAGAGAGGAUGUAAAUAUUGCGGUGGUUUAUCAGCACUACGCUGGUCGCUCGAAAUCCUAUGACAAAGCAUUCAAGGAAGUCAUUCGAAAAAUCAACGACGCCACUGCAGUAUCAAGUCUCCGCCGUCUGGCGACCCGAUACAACUUCCAACCUGUUGAUUGUAUCCUCCCCACCGGUCAAUUUUUCGUCAAAGAAGUCCUUGAUUGUCUGUGUAACAAUGUGACUUCGAACAACGUGGCACUCAUCAUUUUCGUGACGGCGUCAGAGACUUAUGACUCGACGACAGCUGCAGAGCAAUACUUUCUGACGGCAGCGAGUUAUACGGGAAUUCCGAUUAUUGCAUGGAACGCAGAUAAUGCUGGAUUCACUUUUGAGAACGAUUUGAGCCCAUAUCGAAUCAUUCAGAUGGCACCGCCCAUUGAGCAUCAGGCUAGGCAAGAAAAAUUAGAGUUUGAAAAAAAGCUAUUGAGGUUAUUCAGAGCAAUGUUGGCACUUCUCCGUCGUUACAACUGGCCGAAAUUCGGAGUUGUUACAUCAGAAAUGGCUGGAAAUGACAGAUUUGUUACGGCGGUUCGAGAGGAGUUGGAACGGUUUUCAAAUAAGUCAACGAAGUAA